GGAGUAUCGAAAGGUAUCAAGAGCGAAUCGAGCCGCUAAUGAAUCUAUUCCAUUUAAUGCUAAAUUUCUUCAUAUCAAUUCCCUAAAUCCAUCGAAAAAAAAAACGAACCCCGUCUAAAAUCAUGUCCAGCAAAGUAAUCCUCUGCACCGGCGCAAAUCAAGGCCUAGGCUUGGCAAUCAUCCAAGUCGCAGCUCUUCGCUAUCCAGAAAAUACUUAUAUCCUCUGCAGUCGCGAUCUCUCUGCCGGUCAAGAGGCCGUUCAGAAAUUGAGAGAUGUUGGCGUCAUGGCUGAAAUCGAUCUGGUUGAGUUAGAUGUGAUCAAUGAUCAGCAGAUAUAUGCGGUCGUGGAGCAUGUUAUGACUAGAUAUGGGAGGCUGGAUGUCCUGAUCAACAACGCCGGAAUCCUCCGUCGUACUCCCGACGAAAACGCGACCCUGACUACUAUCCGAAACACAUAUAACGAAAUCCUCAAUUUGAACCUCACAUCCGUCGCAGUUAUCAGCACUGCGUUUACACCUCUUCUAUACAAAUCGACCGAUCCGAAAGUCAUCAACAUCACCUCUGGGCUGGGGAGUAUCCAGAACGCAUUGACGAAGAAAAUGGGUCGGUCUGUACCCUACGGGGCGAGUAAGGUGGGGUUGAAUGGUCUUACGGCUCAUAUGCAAGUUGUGGAGAAUGAUAGGGUACAGGCGGAGGAGGAGGGCUCUCUGGAGGGAAAGGGCAAGUUGAGUGGCCUUGCGGCUCAUAUGCGAGGCGCGGAGAAUGAUGGUGUGCAGGAAGGGGAUUCUGUGGAGGAGAAAAGCAAGAGUAAGAAGUCGAAGAUUAGGUAUUUUGCUUGUCAACCAGGGGUAUUGAGGACGGCUUUUUCGAAUUAUUUCCCCCAGGGCAAGGAUCCGGUGGAUGGGGCGGAGGUUGUGGUGAGGUUAUUGGGGGAUGAUGAGGGGAAGUAUGAGGGCGGGUCAUAUUGGGAAUUUGUGAAUGGGGAGAUGAAGGUUGUUCCUUGGUAAGGUUAACACUGUUGGUUUUGGUUAGAG